AUGAUCAAACAAAUAUUUGAUAGAAUUUUCAUUUUUAUUCUACUUUCAAGGGCACCACUCGCUUUGGUCGACAUGCUAUCAAAUUCUUUAUUUGUCAAUGUUAUCUAUAACAAAAACAAAACUAUUAUACUUAUUUUCGAUUGUCAUAGUUGUAUAUUACGUGCAGCAUUCCAAGACAUCAUCAAUUAUGUCAAUAAUUUCGAGUGGAAAACAGGAGUGACACCAUUCUCGUCGAUUUGGACUCCAGCAAUCGCUACAAUCAGUUAUUUGGUCGUCAUUUUCGCUUUGCAAGAGUUUAUGAAGAACAGAAAGGAAAUUAAAUUACAUUAUAUCUGUUUGGCACACAACUUGUUCCUAUCAUUGUUGUCAUUGGCCAUGUUCCUCGGUAUCUUGAUACCACUCUUCAGAACAGAGGCUCCUCAAGGUCUCUACCAUUUGGCUUGUCAACCAGUCACCAAAGGUCAAGUCGAAUUCUUCUUUUACAUUUUCUACCUCUCCAAAGUCUAUGAAUUUUUAGAUACCGUCUUUUUAGUUUUAAGAAAGAGCUACAGAUCACCAAGACCAAGUCAAAAGAAAACCAAUUAA